AGGCAGGCGGCGCCGGGGGUAAGGGAGAGGGACACGCUGUAGAUAGUUUCUUGGUGCGGUCCCUGCCUUGCCUAGGAGAUUGAAGGGGGUGACUGAGGAGCAGUAGAGGUCUGGGCUGCUUAGGAGCUCCGGGAGCCGAAACUCGCGGGCCUGGAAGAAGGAGAUCCUGUAGCAGGUCAGGCGAGUCUCGCGUCCCCUGUGUCGGAGGGACUCGCACUAGGAGCAGCCUCCAUCGUCCUGCAGUCCGGGGUCCUGGGGAAGAGCUCUCCACACCCGACCAGAGCCCCUCUGCCGGUCCCCCUCCCCGCGGGAAGGUGGACGGAGCGGUAAAGCUGCGUGAUCCCGGAGCUCCCGACGGGCCUUUGCUCCUGCCCCUCCAGACGGUCCCGGGACCCAAGGACACGAGGCGCCUGUUCUCGGGGUCCCGAAGCCGGGCUUGGGCUGUUUCAGAGACACCCCAGGGGCGGAUCUCGGGGUGCCCAGGGAGCCUGUCCCGUGCUGGGGCCCCGGAGCCUUGGAGCCCCUGUCGUCCGCCUCCUGCUCCAGCGUCCCGAGCCAGGGGGACAGUGUGACCUUCCCAUGCUCCCCAACGAGGCGGGCCCUGUCCGGAGGGGAAGGCUGCCCACGCCCGCUGCAGGUCCCGCCCGACCUCCCCGCGAGCCUUCCGAGGGGCUGGAGGGGAGACACCCGGCUUCAGGGGAGCGGAGUGGAGGCUUCCCUGGACGAAAGGCCGGAGACCGCCCGCUGUGACCCACGUGGGGUACCAGAAAGGACGGGGUCAGGAGGUCCAGGAGCCCCCUGGCUGGAGGUCCCGGGCGGGGUCGUCGGGAAUGAGGUCACGAACUCAAGCAGGACUGAAAGAGUCCAGUUGGCCAAAGUGUAUUGUCUGCGCUUCACGGGGGCCAGAGUUCUUAGGGAGCCUGCGUCCUAAGGGGGACAUUAAAUGUUUAUUCGGCUGUUCUAGAGUAAAAGGGACCAUGUGUGCAAAUAGGUGAUUGAGAGAGUUCCUGAGUGGUGAAGGAGUGGUCAGUUCUUAAAGGAACAGGCACCUUUAGUAUCUACUACAGGCCUUUGAUGCAGAAUUCUCUGGGAAAUGGGGGAGCUGGGGAGGGGGGAUGUUAUGCCAGAAACGUCACUAAGUCUCUAACGGUCAGGGCUGACUGAGGACUGCCCAGGCUGCCCCCAUAGAUGUCCAUUUAGGCAAGGUAGAUGUAGGGAGUGUACACCUAUCUAAGUCUAGGAGACCUGUGAGAGGUCAGUGAGUAGUAAAUACCUCUAUGGGGCAGUGCACAGCCAGGUCAGAAUAGUGAAUCCUGCAGGUGCAGCAGGCCGCUGUGUAAGGAAGAGAUAGAAGUGUUUGCUAGGGCUUGCUGUGCUUGGGGGGAGAGAAACUGCCAGGACACUGUGUAGAGGCUAGGGAGAGAUGGGAUUUUGGAAUUGGGGUCCCAGUACAGGCCCCCAAUCACCCCAUCAGACCCAGGUGUCCCAACUCCCAGCCCCUACCUGCUGGCUUCACACCCAGGACGCUAAGGAUCUAGGAGUUCUGCCUGCUCUGAGGACCCCUCCUUGAAUACAAGAAGCAAAGCUCUUUCCUGGCCCCUUAACUGGACCCACAGCUGUUGGGCUGCUUCCCUCUCAUAUCCCUGUCUCCACUUUCCCUUUAGAGGUUCUGAGCCUAAGCUUUACCAGGAUCCCAGGAGUCCUCCCUGGGUCCCAGUUAGACCUCAGAACACAAUGCUCUGGCGUUCCCAGACUGUCCACCUGGAACUCAUCUGUCACUCUAGGGACCCUGACCUCCCUGCCAGUGUUAGACUGUCUUCUGUCCCAGACCCCAGGCUCCUGCUUCCCUGCCCCCACACCUCUCAGAGCCCUCAGGUCCCAUGCAGAGGGCUGAAUCACAUUCUGGGUUUUCUCUUCCAGCCUCAGACUUCCCUGGUCAUUCUCUGGUGGCUCCAUUCUGGAGCCUGCCCUAUAGAUCUCUGACUGCUCUCAUCCCAUCUGGGCUCCCCAAUUGUCCUCUUCUCCUCGGGGCUCUGUAGGAGAUGGAGAGGGGAGAGGGAGAGGAGUAAGACAGAGGGAGGGAAGUAGUCUUCCUGUUCAGACCCUCCUCAUUUCCAAGCCUGACCCUCCUUGCUACCUCCCUCCCUCUAUAGGUUGGAGUCUUUCCCUUGAGGGCAGGGCCUGGCCCUCUGUAAAUCCCAUUUUGGCAGCCUAGUGCCCAGGAGGAGAAGGGAAAGACCUCUCCCUGUCUGGGAUCCUUCUCCCUCCCCAGAUCAGUCUGCAGACAACCAAGGACUGGCCCAAGAAGGUAUUGGAUCAAAUCCUCACACCAAAAUAGGAGGGAAAAUAGAAGAUUUAUUAUAAGGUACAACAAAUAGCAAUCACCCAGAAUAUGAAUACAAAGGAAGGUUGCCUGGGAUUAAGGUUACAGGUGGGGCAGAUGGCCUUUUCUGUGCAGAGGUAAAGGAGGGAAAAGUUUCCCUGUGGCUCCAGGGUGUCUCCUGGUUAUCAGAAAGGCUUAGAAUUGGGACACUCCGUGCUUAGGUGGGACAUCUGUGAAGAAGAGCUUUGGCUGUGGGGACAUAGAAGGUGGAGAGCAGGUCCCUGAGGUAGAUAAUGUUCAGGGAUGAGAUAGAGAAACUUUACAAAAUGGAGUCACUUUGGUUCCUUUGCUCCCUACACAGGGAGCCUGGAUUCAGAGGGAAUGGCCCGAGGGAGCAGCCAAGCCCCAGCCCAGGAGACAGUGACCUUUAAGGAUGUGGCUGUGGACUUCACCCAGGAGGAGUGGGGCCUCUUGGACCAUCCUCAGAAGGAGUUGUACAAGGAGGUCAUGGUGGAGAAUGCCCGGAACCUGCUCUCCCUGGGACUUCCAGCUCCCAGAGAAGAUGUGAUCUCCUAUUUUGAGCAAAGGGAAGCAGCAUGGAUGCUGGAGCAAGAAGGCCCAAGGAGCCUGUGUCCAGAAGGAGAGAUCAGACUUGAAAUGAAGAAGACUCCUGUAGUCCUAAACCUUUCUGUGGAAGAAAUUCAGGAACAAAGAUUCAUGGGUGAUGGUCCCUGUGACAUCACUGGGAGAGAAAUCCGUGCCCUUCAUCAGGGAAUCCACACUGGGGAGAAAGCUUAUGAAUGCAAUCAGUGUGGAAAGGCUUUCAGAGAGAAUGCCACAUUUGCUAUACAUGAAAGAAUUCACCCUGGAGAGAAGCCUUAUGAAUGUAGUCAGUGUGGAAAGACUUUCAGAGUAAGUGCCAGUCUUGUUUAUCAUCAGAGAAUCCAUACUGGAGAGAAGCCUUACAAAUGUAAUCAGUGUGGAAAGACUUUCAGAGGAAGCUCCAAUCUUGUAACUCAUCAGAGAAUCCACACUGGAGAGAAGCCUUACAAAUGUAAUCUGUGUGGAAAGACUUUCAGAGGAAGGUCCAAUCUUGUAACUCAUCAGAGAAUCCACACUGGAGAGAAACCUUAUGAAUGCAAUCAGUGUAGUAUGGCUUUUACACAGAGGGCCUAUCUUACCUAUCAUCAGAGAAUCCACACUGGAGAGAAACCUUGUGAAUGUAAUCAUUGUGGAAAGACCUUUAGAUGCAGCUCCAUUCUAUCUAAACAUCAGAAAAUCCACAGUGGAGAGAAACCUUAUGAAUGUAAUCAAUGUGGAAAAUCUUUUAGUGUCAGCUCCAAUCUAGUUAAACAUCAGAGAAUCCACACUGGAGAGAAACGUUACGAAUGUAAUCAGUGUGGAAAGACUUUCAGAGUAAGUACCAGUCUUGUUUAUCAUCAGAGAAUCCAUGCUGGAGAGAAACCUUAUGAAUGUAAUCAGUGUGGAAAAUCUUUUAGUGCCAGCUCCAAUCUAGCUAAACAUCGGAGAAUCCACACUGGAGAGAAACCUUAUGAAUGUAAUCAGUGUGGAAAGACUUUCAGAGUAAGUACCAGUCUUGUUUGUCAUCAGAGAAUCCAUGCUGGAGAGAAACCUUAUGAAUGUAAUCAGUGUGGAAAGGCUUUUAGAGUCAGCUCCAAUCUAGCUCACCAUCGGAGAAUCCACGCUGGAGAGAAACCUUAUGAAUGUAAUCAGUGUGGAAAGGCCUUUACCCAGAGGGCCGAUCUUACCAUACAUCAGAGAAGCCACACUGGAGAGAAACCUUAUGAAUGCAAUCAGUGUGGAAAGGCUUUUAAGGGGAGGGCUUAUCUUAAAGUACAUCAGAAAAUCCACACUGGAGAGAAACCUUUUGUACUGUUAAUGGAAUAGGAAGAUCUUUUGCAACUAUUAAUAGGGCUGUGUGACGUACUUUCAAUCAAGUCACAGGAGCUUGUGUGGGAGGAGCUUGCUGAACAUGUGGAGCAGGAAGAAUGGGUGAGGCAGAGCUGGGAGAAAAAUCAGGCAGAGAGGCAAAGCACCUAGCUGGAGUGAGAGAGGGACUUUGUUGCCUAAGCGAGCUUGUUGGUGGGGAGGCCUUAUGGAGGGAAGGCUUGGGGAUGGCAGUGCUUCCUGCAUUGGCAACGUGUACCAACUUCUUUGUUACUGUGGUGGGUUUGUCUUUCUGGUAUCUGAAUAAAUAUCCACGUUUCAUCUUUGAGGAAGAGAGUCUGUUAUAUUUUGCAAUUCUGACCUGGAAAUAUGCCUGCGUGUUCAUAGUUUGCUGCUGUGGGUAUGGCGUUGGCGAUCCACCUUUUGAAUGUAAUCAGUGGUGAAAGGCUUUCAGAGGCAGCUGCAGUCUACUAAACAUCAGAGAAUCCACAGAGGAAAAAAUUCAAUCCAUGUGGUAAAGACUUCAAACAAAAGCAGUCCUCUUUUCACAUGAGAGAAUUCAUUUAAGAUAUAAAUCUCAUCACUGACAUGAUUGAGGAGAGGCAUGUAAAUGGAGUAUGGAGCUUUGUAGAUAGCAGAAAAGUCUGCAUACAAGCCAUUCAUGGACUCAGUUUGAAGAUGGCUUCAUCUCUUAUUCUCCCAUCAGAGGAUUGUGUUAACCAGAUUUUUACUGAGCAAGUCUCUAACCUGAGAAUGCUUGCAGCCACACAAAGCAGGCCUAGAAACUGGAGUGCCAGUAAUCAAGUUGUUUAAUCAGUGUCAGAGUGAGGAAUGUUCCCUUAGUUGAAGUAAAAACAUAGGUUUUAUACUUAAGUCACAACUAGGGAAAGAGUGGGGAAGGUGGGUUACAAUCUUUUAGUGGUUUCCCAUGAGAAAGCCACAAGUCCCACAACACAACAGUUCUGGAGUCAUGUCUUUGGGGGUGGUGACCACCUGCCCUAAAGGAGAGAACCAGAGUUCUGUGAGGGGAACAGGUUCUAGAAUAUUUGAUUCACUUCACUGAAGAUCCAAUGAUUGUGACCCUUGUCAGAGUUUUGAUUAAUCAGUUCUAGCUGCAUUGUUAGGUCUUGACUCCCA